AUGGCAUUAUCCGACAACAACCCGGAAGAAGUCGAUGGCAUGUUUCUUUCGAACCUCAGGAGCGAUCUGGAGUUGGAAGAGAUAUGGCGUAUGCUACAGUCUGGUGUUACCUCACCUGAAGAUUCCCAGCCGACUGUCUCUCUGGACGCUAGUUCCUCGGGGGACAAGACGAUGUCCUCCGAAAGCCAAGUGGCUUUGCAGGAUGAUGCCGAUGACGAGCUCUUGGUUUCCAUAUUGGCAGGGAAAGUACCUCUAUCAGAGUUGCUCGCCAAUGAUAAUGAGUUGUUGCAAUCGGACGGCCUCUCUUCCGCUGUGUGCUCAGCAGACUCGGAUCAAGAGGAGGACGACAAUAAUGAUGCAGGUUAUGGGGAGGAACCGGACCCUCGUGAUGUGAUUGCUAACUGGUUUGAACUUUGUCAGAUGAUGUAUGUCUCCGGCGAAACGGGUGAGCCGUCACUCGAGACUACGGGCAUCAUCGAAGAUAUCGUGCGGCAGCAAGUCAUUGAGAUUAUUCGGCAUGAUGCACCAAAGGUCUCGCGGUUGCGAACUUUCCUGGCCUGGAAGGAUGUGCGCAAGAACGUUAAAGACUCGGACGACAAGGGAGCUGAUGCCGAUAUUGCGCCUGGCGAUGACCCGGUUGGCGCGGUCGUGCCGGGUGCCACGGUGGAUGACACGGCCAGGAAGACAAAAAAGUCACGAGUGGGCCUGCCGUGGGAGCCGGCCUCUUUCUACUCGGUAGAAGUGCCUGAGCGCGAGGAUGAAGAAGACGAGGAAGAGGAGGAAAUGAAUUACAUCACCCUGCAGCGUUUGCGCAAGGCUGAUGAGCGCACAAAGGCCAUGACCAAGGAGGAAUACGUAACCUGGUCUGAGUUCCGUCAAGCAUCAUUCACAUACCGCAAGGGCAAGCGGUUCCGCGAAUGGGCCGGGUUCGGCUUGGUGACAGACAGCAAGCCGUCAGACGAUAUAAUCGACAUCCUCGGCUUCCUCACCUUCGAAAUGGUGCAGACACUGACAGAAGAAGCGCUGAAGAUCAAAGAACAAGAAGACUUGCACCGAGAGCGCACCGGCGAGAACCAGAGCAACGCUAACAACCCCAACGGCAGCGCAAACAGUAGCCUCAGCAAGAAGCGCAAACUGACGGGAGGUGGUGGCUUAUUUGACCCGCCGAACGAAGGGCGUACGCCAGUCGAGCCGCGACACAUCCAGGAGGCGUUUCGGAGACUGCAGCAGCGGCCCAAGAAGGCGCGGGCAAUGCUCAAUGGGACAAAACUUCAGCAGAGGACACAGCUGAAGCUGUUUUGA